GUUUCAAAACAGGUUUCAUCACGAAGCGCUUCGUUUCUUUCAAAAAUUGAUUAUUGCUUGAACUUUUUGGAUCUGCAGAGAUGUCUUCGAAGAAAGGAAAAUGGAAAGAUUCAGCUCAAAAGGCAAGGCGACUGUCGCAGACGUCUUCUUCAAAUUUAACUCGAAAAGAAAGUUUGAUCGAAGAAGAAACGUCUGCAAAAGAACUUGAAGAAUAUUUAGAGACCUUGAAGAAGAAAUCUGGAAUCAGAUCUCUAUGGAGAGGAAACAGUUUCGAUAGAGUGGUCCGUGAUGAGGAAGACAAAACUCCAGAUAUUUCGAUCUCUAGUAUGGAAGAAGAGGAAUUGGAUGAAAGACUUCCAUCGGAAAAGGCAGAUAAUGACGAUGAUUAUGAUGAUGAUUUUAAAGUUAAUGUUCAGAUGUUCUCACAAUCUCCACCACCAACAAAUCGUGACUCCUCUGACGACUCUACAAACCCUAUAAAAGGAUUACAAAUGGCAGAAUUUGCCUUCAGUGAUGAUGAUCAAUCAAAAAACAUAGAAGCAAACAACAAACUGGAUGACAAGCUAAAAAGUUUAAGUGUCUCUGGCAGGGAUGUUCGCUCAGUUGUUAAUGAUCUCUCUGAACCUGCUAAGGUUUUGACUGAAGAUGAAGUUGAAGAAGAAAUAGAGGAAGAUGUGGUUGAUGUUGUUGAUGAAAAAAAUAAGAAAAUCGUAGACAAGCAAGGGAGUUCUUUGAAAGAGAAUCACUCUCCUCCAAGAACUGUCAGUGAUGUUGAAGAUCAGACAGUGAGGAAAAGGGAAAAGAGCCAUAAAAAAUCUCAAAAUUCAUAUACAAGUGAUUUUUCAUCUUUGAGUGAGAUUGAGACUCACAAUGAGCAUUCACAUUCACAAACUCAAAAUGACUCAAAGAGUUCAAGGUCGUCUAGAAGGUCAAGAUCAUUUCAAAGUUCAAGGUCAUCAGAAAGUUCAAGGUCAUUGCAAAGUUCCAGGUCAUCACACAGUUCUAGAUCUUCAAGGAGUUCAAGAUCAACAAAACACUCAAGGUCAAGUGACAGGUCAAGGUCAAAACGAAGUAUUUCAGAAUACAGCAAGAGCAAGGAAAAGGACAGCCACAACAGAUACAGGUGUGAUGUGGGAGUUCAAACAUUACCUCCCACAGAACAUUUUACUGUUCCACCAGCUCUAGGUGUUGGCAUGGCAACGAGUGGCCCACGACUUGGAAUGCAAUAUGUUGACCCCACACCAAUAGCAACUCACACAGUGUCACCAGAGGCCAUGGAAGCCAUGACUGCGUACAACCCGGCCAUUGUGGCGUUAAAUAAUAUGUUGCGAGAGCAAAUCCGUCUGGUGGAACAGUUUGUGGAGAUAAAUCAGAGAAUGUAUGAGUCUUAUUCUACCAGGGUCAACAGUGACUACCAAUACACCACGCUCGAGGACACGCAACAGUUUAUAAGAAAGAAUCGACCGAAAGUUGUAUCCUACGAAGAAGCAUUGAAACAAGUAAAAGAACAAGAGAGAUACUGACAAUAUUCGUCGACGAAACAAAACCUAUGGCAAAGUUUAGUACCUUUCCCCUUCAGUGUCUUAACGACUGAAUGUUAAAAGUGAACCAGGAUUUCAUUUUAUUCCAUGUUUCUUUCCAUCGCAUUGUGAUUGGUUCAGAACAACUCGCGUCAAAAACUAUCAACCAACCAGAUUCAAAACUGACACAAAUUGUAACUUAGUUACACGUGUUUUCGUUACACACAGUCAUGAGCGCGGGAAAAUUUCCCGCGCUUGAGACUGUUUGCCUGCUUUUACUUUGAGCUGUCAUUGACUCCUGUGACAGUUUCCUUUCAUCUGAUUGGUCGUCGUGAUUACUUUGGUUUUCAUUUGCGACAUUCAUUCGAAAUUUGCCCCCAAUAAUUCCCUCGAAAUAUAUAGACUAGGUUUUCAAGGCGUGUGAAACCCCAUGUAACUUCUUCUCAAAGAUGCUCUCUUGUAGUAGAAGGCGCCGUGUGACAUAACUCCAUAACAAUGAAAAAAUUAUUUUCCCCUCCAUUUGGUGUGUACUUCCAUGACGUCCUUUUUUAUAAUGAAACAAUUUAAGUUUGGAGUGCAGCGAAAAUACCGGAGGUAUGGAGGGAUCUGGGACCUAGGGCAGUCGAUACGUUUUCCAAUUCUUGCUUCAAAGCAAGGAUGCGUUAAAGGUAAUAAAAUAAAUCGCUUUAUUAU